AUGGCCAACAAAAUGGAUAUGUCUUUGGAUGACAUCAUUAAGCUGAACCGGAGCAAGCAAGGCAGUCGCGGCAAAGGCCAGGGCUGGAGCAGUGCCGGCUGCCAGGGCCGCCACGGUGGUGCCAGGCGGGCCCCUGUGUGGGCGAAUCGACGCAGCUGGUCUCUGAAGAACCGGCCUACCAUGAGUGGUGGCUCUGCAGGAGGAGGCAGGAACCGGCCGGCUCCGUACAGCAGGCCUAUACAACUUCCCAACAAGGGGCAGCAUGACCGAUUCGACAGCCGCUUCUGUGGUGGAGCCAGCUUGGAGAUGGGCGGAAAGCUGUUGGUGUCAAACCUUGACUGCGGGGUGUCAGACGCGGAUAUUCUGGAACUCUUCUCAGUGUUUGGAACACUGAAGACAGCAGCUGUGCACUACGAUCGCUCCGGACGAAGUUUAGGGACAGCCCAAGUGCACUUUCGACAGAAGGCAGAUGCUCUGAAGGCUAUGAAACAGUACAAUGGUGUCCCUUUAGAUGGCCGCCCCAUGAACAUUCAGCUUGUGACAUCACAGACUGACUCACAAAGAAAACCCGCACAGAGAAUGAUCAGAGGUUCCAUGAGUAGAAACCAUGGCUCAUGGUGUUUUGGUGGCGGUCUCAUCCGGAGAGGGACCCGUGGAGGCAGCCCUGGAAGAGGUAGAGGAGGUUCGAGCAGGAACUCCAAGGAGCCUCUUUCUGCCGAGCAGUUGGAUGCACAGCUGGAUGAGUACAAUGCACAGAUGGACACCAGUUAAACAGCCGGGCAAAUCCACAGAAGUGACAGGACCCAGAAGCUUCGUCCGUAAUCCCUCGAGGGAGGGUUGGCAACUGGACUGUGCACACAAUGGGGGAUUUCUUUUUCGUUUGUCUCUCUCUCUCUCUCUCUCUCUCUCUCUCUCUCUCUCUCUCUCUCUCUCUCUCUCUCUUUUCCCUGUUUUAAAAUGGGAUCUAAAAACUCAUGUAAAGGCUUUCUUCCCCUCUUUUUUUAAUUCUGAAACCGACCUGUUUUGUACCGAGUCACUUUGGCGAUCAGUUUUACUGGUGACUGUUGUGGAGAAGGUGGCAUGUUCACCUUUGCCAUAAUAAACUAGAAUUGUGUGUAGGAAAGAAAAUAAAAAGAGAAUUCUGGCUUCAAAA